GAGAACACACACACAAGACAGUUGUCUGAUAGAUCCAAAGAACUUUGACUCUUCGCUGAUUUCUCUUCUGACAACAUGGACAAGUCAAACAGAAGAAUUGUCAUCUUGGGAAAAACUGGAGUUGGAAAAAGCAGCCUGGCUAACACCAUAUUUAGAGAAGAAAUGUUCCAGAUCGGCCAUACUGUCAACUCUGAAACAAUUAAAUGUCAAGCAGGAACCGAAUCUGUCAAUGAAAGAAGCAUCACUCUGAUCGACACGCCUGGUUUUUUUGACACAAAUAAAUCUGAGGAUGAGAUGAAGCGUGAGAUAGUGAGGUGUAUCACAGAGUGCGCUCCUGGGCCUCAUGCUUUUCUCAUUGUGUUUAAAGUGGAGAAAUUCACAGAGCAGGAGCAGGCUGUCGUCAACAAAAUAAACAAAUACUUUUCUGAAGAAGCCUUCAAAUAUGCAACAGUUGUCUUCACUCAUGGUGACCAGCUCAAAGAAGGACAGACAAUUGAGGAUUUUGUCCAUCAGAAUGAGAAAGAGAACAAGCUAUUCAGUGAUCUGAUGAAGAAGUGUGGAGGUCGGUGCCAUGUCAUUGAUAAUAAAUACUGGAACCAAAACCCAAACCAUGAAUACAGGAGCAACCAGUUCCAGGUGCAGGAGCUGCUUAAGACAAUAGAGAAGAUGGUGAUGGAGAACAGCUGCUACACCAAUAAGAAUCUACAAGCAGUGGAGGAAGAAAUAAAACAAGAGGAGGAGAAGAUCAGAUAUCAGAAGUCAUCAGGAAACAUGUCAGAGAAACAGAUCAGGGAGCAGGCUAAGGCCAAUGCAUCUACAAAUCUCUGGGUCAGAUUAGCAGGUGUUGGAACAGGUGUGUUGUUAGGAGCUUUGUAUGGUGGAGCAGAGGUGACUAGAUCAGGUCAUUCAGCAUUAGCAGUAGUUUUCUCUGCUGCAGUGGGAGGGAUGUUGGGAGGUGUUAGAGGAUAUAAUGCAGCUGAAGGAGCAGACACACCAGGGGAAGCAAUGACAACUGCAGCAGGGUCCUUCAUGGAUGGUGUCAAAUGUGCCUCCCUAGCAAGUUAUGUUUUGAAGAAAUGAUUCCAGCCAAAGUGUUGACUCUUGAGGACAGUAGAGAGAAAGUAUCACGAAUACACUGUAAAAUAAAUGACUGAUGAUUUUUUGCAGUAAAUUCACAGUAAUAUCCAGUACUUAUUAUUACAGUAAUACUCUACAAUCAAAAUAACAGUAAUGAACCGUGUUUCUACAGCAACCGGACACAAUAUUAAUGAAGAAAUAUUGUAUUUAAAUGUAAAAUUACAAUACGAUAUUGUAAAAUAUUAAUACUUAACUUUAUGAUAACAUUACAACAACAUGCUGUGUGUACUAUAUUAUUUUACUGCUAAAUAAUAGCUUGGUGCUGUAUCUUA